AUGAGAUCAACAGUUUUCACCAGUGUCGCUUUGGCAUUUGCUGUUUUAAGAAAUGCAUCAGCAGCAGAUGCUAAAUCCGUUACAAUUAAUGGAUUUGCGGACAAAAUUAUUGACCAAUCCCCAAAGUGUGCUAAGUCUUGUUUGGAAAAUUCAAGUAUCGACAACACUCCAUGUGACUCAUGGGAUACAUAUUGUUUAUGUGCUAUUGAACCAUUCGGAAACAAGGUUGCCAAAUGUAUUGCUAGUGAAUGUAGAGGAAGCGAUGUUGUUAGUGCUACCUCAUUAGCUGUUUCGGCUUGUUCAGCUGCCGGGAUGUAUGAGCCAUAUUGGAAUAUGCCUACCAAAGCUCGUAAACUGUUGGAAGUAGCUGCCACCAUGAGUCCAGAACCAACUGCUACCAUCAAUGGAUUUGCUGAUAAAAUUAUUGACCAAUCUCCAAACUGUGCUAAAUCCUGUUUGGAAAAUUCAAGUACUGAUAAUACCCCAUGUUCAUACUGGGACACUUACUGUUUAUGUGCCAUGGAACCAUUUGGAAACAAGGUUGCUAAAUGUAUCGCUAGUGAAUGUAGAGGAAAUGACGUUGUCAAUGCUACUUCAUUAGCUGUUUCAGCUUGUUCUGCUGCUGGUAUGUAUGAACCUUACUGGAACAUGCCCAGCAAAGCUCGUAAGCUGUUAGAAGCAGCUGCUACUAUGAGUCCAGACGGUUCUGCCACCCCAACAGCUACUUCAACAGCUACUCCAAUAGUUACUCCAACAUCCCCUGUCGGAUCUUGCAAAAGGAAGCGUUCUUACUAA